CUAUGGCAGUCUCUCUCAAUCAACCGACCUCUCCCAUCCGUCCGCUCGAUCGCUCCCUCUCUCUCUCACUCUUCCAAGAAGAACUGAAGAAGCAAAGGCAGCGGCGAGCGGCGACAAGGCGCAGUUACCGGUAGCCGACGAGUGCGGAGAUCGAGCGAGCGGCCCCCCCUUCUCCCUUUCCCCUCUGCGUAGGCGAGCCAGCCCUCCAACCUCGUUCCUUUCUCCGUGCGUGUUUAUUGCUAGGGAACAAAAAUCCAUAAACUGGUACGGUAAACGCCCCUACUAGGGUCUACAGAGGAUGGCAAGCAGUGUCGUUGAGAAGACGGUGGAGGAGCUUCGCAAGGAGAUUCAAGAGCUCCAUCGCCAGCAACGAGAGAUCAGUGAGAGACUCCGAGACCCGAGAGGCCUCCGUCGCUCUGGUGUGGCCUCUGGCAGUCCCCGCCCAAUUGGAGGAGGUCCCCGCACUCGCAGUCUCAUUCGACCAGCGGUAGCGGCAGAAUCUGAGUACCAGCCACCACCUAAACGAAGGCUUUUAUCGACUGUUGUGAAGACUGAUGGAGAAGAGGAUAAAGUGGAUGACAGCGGAACAAAGGAUGAGAAGGAGCUCAUUGUAGAAGAAGAGGCUGAUGUUUUUGGGGGCAAAAAUAGCAAGCCAGCUGCUUCAAAUGCACAUGGCAAUGGCAGGCUCAGGCGGGAUGGCAAUCUGCAGUCACGAAAGAUAGACUAUGAUAUUCCUCCCCCUGAACCACUUCCUAGAGUAUUUCCAAAGGAUGAGGAUCCUAAGUUGGUCAAGAGGAAUAGAAGAAUGCUAGGGCAGCUUUUGGGCACGUUGGAGAAAUUUCGGGAAGAGGACAAGCAAUUAUCAUCUACGGAGGCUUUCAUGCGUAGAUCAGAUUCUUUACGAAGGGCUGAACAGAAGGCACAGGAGGAAAGUGAAAGGUUACGACAGCAAGAACGAGAACAAAUUGCAGAGAAACGCAGGCGUGAUUUGAUUCUGCGUGCUCGUGUUGCUGCUAAGGCCGAGCAAAAGAGGUUGGAGCUGCUGUUUAUUAUCUGGGCUGAGCAUCACAAGAAGCUAUCCAAUUAUAUAAGGACCAAGGCAGAGCCUCCUAUAUAUUACAUGCCAGCCAAACCGUUAAUUGAUGAUAUGACUAUCACUGAGCAGCAGAAAGAGCAGGUUCUCCUAGAGUGGAAGUCGGCUCGAAGGGCCGAGCUGUCUGAAUUUCAGAAGCAAAUCGAGGAGCAGUAUGUCACGAAUGUGGAGAAGGAGCUGGAACGAUGGCAGAAUGCUCGGAAUGCUAGGAGAGCAAACAAUGCUGCUAAUCUGCAGGAGACUAUGGAUAAGGAGCUAGAGACGCACAGGCUGGAGCAUGGUCCUAAGACUCGCAGGAUACCAGGAGACGAUGAUGACGAGGAUGUGGAGGACAUCGCCGCAGAGGAUGAGCUGAUUGAUGAGGUCCUUGAUGUCGCUGAGAGGAUUGAUACUGAUGCACCGCCCAAGCUAUUCCCUGCUGGUAAUGGAAGUCCUAUCCAGACCGAGUUGCAGUAGUUGUGCGGAGUGUAGCGAGGAGGUUGUAGAAUACUUUUCAGCUGCAUUUUGUAGUCGUGAUAAGCAUGCAUGUGUUUUUUAUAGAUCAUUGUAACUCUCCUAGAUUUCCUUGGUCUUGUUGGGAAAUUGGAUUGUAGCUGGUAUUCUAUAGUGAGGUAUGCUAUCUCUCCUUAUCCGUCAACCUCUGAUUAAGACGAUUUUACAUCGAGCAAUGCUAAUCUUAUACUGCUUCAUCCGAGGGCCCAUAUUGCCCUUUAAUCUUA